AUGGAGCACGGCCCGUCCUUGGUGCAGACGGCGGCUACAGCCAAGUUCCCUGGUGCCAACGAGCCUCCCAUCCUGCACCACAAAAGCACCAACCUCGCUAUCGAGGUGCACACAGGGCACGCGCCGCCUGGCAGCUACCUUCACCGAGAGUUGGCCGCCGUGCAGACGAAUGCGACUCAUGCGACUCGAGAUGGGCAGACCGGAGGUGACGACCCAGAUGGUGCCAUCACUUACAACAUCGGCAGUGGGGGUGACGUUCAUGCCACGCAGCUGUUCACCCAGUUCGACGGCAGGGAGACGGACACCAGCUCCUGCCUGGCCUUCGCUCCCAAGAACCGCAGAGGCCAGGGCAUCAGCAAAUUCGACUGGCAAGUUUACAACAAGGACGACUUUCUCCAGCUGGAGCCGUGGGCCGUGCCCUGCGACAAUGCAUGGAUGAAGGACAACGUCAACAAAUGGCAGGGUUACUCCUUCUACUUCGGGCAGAAGGCCGUUGAGAAGUGUGUGACGGUGACCUUCAGCAUGGGCAUGCAGCCUGUCGUAGCCUUUGUGGGCGGCUUGCAGUUCGAGGUCUUGCCGAAGCCCCUCUUCGAGCUGGCCACGACCGUGUGCUGGCCCAACAAGCAGCCAGGGGGUGUGGACUUGAGCGUGCUCCGCUCCGAGAUCAAGUCUGCCGGCAUCUUGCUCUUCAGCCGCACUCUGCGUCUGUCCAAGCGCUUCGGCCACAACACGGAUUUCUCUUCUGGGAACAUCAAGGAUUCCUAUGAGACCUGGAAGAGCCCGGCAGGCAUCGCUAAAGGCGAGAGCCGGGCACCCAUGGACACUCUGAGGCGCACGUCGUUCCUUCAGGGCAACCAAACCCACCAGAGCCAGGAGAACGAAGCGACAGAGACAGCAAAGGCUAAGGCCGAGAUGGCGGAGGAGGGAUUGCAGUGGAAGGCGGAGACCGAAGACCUCUACCUGGCGUCCGUCGACUACGGUGAGCACAUGAACACAUCCGUGGAGAAGACCUUCGAGGCCUAUGGCGAGGAGGCGGCCAGGCGCAUGGGUGCGAGCUCUGGGUCUGAUGACUUCAAGUUUUUCCGCUUCAAGAGUCCCGGCAUGGUGAGCUUCGAGAUCGAAGGCUUGAUGUCUGGCAACACGCUUCAGCUUGGCAUGGAGAUGGGUUUUGGCCCUUACCAGAGUCCCCCGAAAAUGAUCCCGCUGGUCGACAUCGGGGCGCAGUUUGCUCUUAUCCUGGCCGGCUUGCCUUUCGUGUCAGCCCGCAGCAAGCUGACGGCCAUUGAGGCGCUCAAGGACUUCUCCAUGAAGGACAUGGGAAGGGCUCACGGCCUCCCCGUGAGGCCGGACUCUGUCGUUGCGCUCUACAACCCGCACAGUGGCCGUUACCUGAAGAUGUCUACAAACAAGCUGGAACCUAGUCCUCCGAUGGAGAAGUGGGGGAUCCCCGAUUCUUGGGGGUUAGAGCGAUUUACCGUGGUGGAUGCCAAGAAAGGUCAGAUCGCAUUGCACAGCAGUGCCCACAACCGCUUCGUAGGCACCGGAACCGUGAGCCCGUCUCGGAAUGUCAACGACCUUCCGGGUGACUGGGCCUCCGAGCGCUUCACUGUCAGGGAUGAAGGCCACGGGGAGGUCACCCUGUACAACAAGCACCACAGCAAAUGCUUGAAAUUGUGGGCCAGCGGUGUGGGAAGCUCCAGCACCUGUGGAGAGUCCUCCCGUUUCGUCCUCGUGCCAGCGGAGCGGAUCCUGACGCCAGGGACCAUGAUCGCCUUGCAUAGCUUGAAGGACAACCGCUUCCUCAAGAUUGACGGGGAACGCCUGACUCACAGUCCCACGAAGGAUGCGGUGGACCUCCCUAGCGAUUGGGUCUCGGAGCGCUUUAGCGUAGUGGAUGCAGGACAUGGACGUAUCGCGCUGCACAAUGCGGUACACAAUCGCUUCGUGGGAAGGAACAAGGCCAGCCCUCACAGGCUUCCGGACCAACUUCCCGGCGAUUGGCACAGCGAGCAGUUCGACGUCUUCCCUGCUGGCAACGGAGAGAUCACGUUGCGCAACCGAGCUAAUUGGAACACAGAGCGCCUCCGGGUGGUGCACGUGAAGCCGUACCUGGAGCCUGGCAGCACAGUGGCCCUCUGGUGCAAGGCUCACGGCCGCUAUGUGAAGAUGGGCUCCGGCAACCCAAGCUCAUUCCUGUUGGCCAGAGAAAACCACACCGGGAAUGAGACCUGGCCUACACCAAUGCUCAAUCGAUUUCGAAACGCAUUGAAAACUGCAAGCAGACAGAUGAAACAUGCCGGAGAGCAAGUGGUGGCCAAGAUUUCGGGCGGCCGCAUCUUCCGCAGCCCAGAGCGGGGCAGCAGUGGCAUCCCAGACGACUGGGUUUCGGAGCGCUUCACUGUCGUGGAUGCUGGCAACGGUCAGGUGGCUUUUCACAACAGCAAGUACAACAGGUUCCUGAAGAUGACGCACGAUGGAAAGAUGCAAGUCAGCCCUCACCUAAAUGUUGAUGCCUUGCCCAGCAACUGGGCUUCUGAGCGCUACACAGUGGUACCUGCUGGAGGUGGCCAGUUUGCGUUCCACAACUCAGCCCACAACCGUAUCAUUCGCAUGUCGGGCUCCGAGGUGGACGCAAGCCCGCAUAGGAGCCCUCAGGAUUUGCCGGCAACUUGGCUUUGGGAGCGCUUCCAGGUCGUGCCAGUAAAGCCCUAUGCACCGCCGGGAGCCAUCGUCGCCCUGCGCUGUGACAGGCACGGAAGCUACCUGGCCAUGACAGGGACAUCGCUUUCUCGCAGCUCACGCACCGGUGCAGACGCCAUCUUCACAGUGGUGGCUGCUGGGAAUGGGCAGGUGGCCUUCCACAACAGCCGGCACAAGAGAUUCGUGAAGAUGAACGGCGCAACCAUGGAAGUCAGCCCUGUGAGAGCUGCUGAUGAUCUUCCGGCAAGCUGGACGUGGGAGCGCUUCACCGUGAUACCCGCAGGCUUGGGAGAGUUCGCGCUCCACAACUCAGCCCACAACCGCAUCGGCACCACAGAACCUCCCACCCACUUGGAGCUAUGA